AUGCGCCAAAAAAUUCCGUUGAUCGUGGCGUUAGCCUUGUGCGUAUUUUCCGCAUCGGCCGGAAUUUUGGUCGAGAAUCCCGAUGCUUCGCCCAGAAGUACCGUCAGCGAGUUCAGCUUCGACCUGUACGGGGCGAUCUCCAGCACUGCCCAGAGGAAAAACUUGAUUUGUUCACCGCUCAGUGGCUUCAUCGCUUUGUCGAUGCUGGAACGCGGCACCAAAGGUAAAACGGCCAACCGAAUGCGCCAAUCGCUCCGUUUGCCCAACGACGAGUCGGUGAUCAACAGGAGCUUAAAAAAACUCAUGAACGACUUUAACGACGUCGACAACACUCUGAGCGUCGCCAACAAGAUGUUCGUGAGCAACAAGUUGAAGAUAAAGGAUCAGUUUAUGCAGUUGACCAGGGAAAUUUUCAAAUCCGAGGCGGCCAACAUCGACACCAGCGACCCAUCCGGUUCGGCGAAAACGAUCAACGAUUGGGUCAGCGAGAAGACCCACGACAAAAUCAAAAAACUCAUCGAGCCAAAGGCCAUCACCAGUGACACGCGUUUGAUUCUCGUGAACGCCCUGUACUUCAAGGGUGAGUGGGAAAAGGCGUUCACCAAGGAGCUGACAACAAUGGAAUCGUUCACGAGCACCGCUGGUGAGAUCAAGGUGCCCAUGAUGUCGGUCCAGUCGAACUACCUUUACGGCCGGCUCGAAGAUGCGAAGGCCACUUUCAUACAUCUGCCUUACAAGAACCAAGACUUCGAGAUGGUGAUCGUGGUGCCCGAUGAGGCCGACGGGUUGAACGCGGUCGAGGAAAAGUUGGCCUCUUACGAUCUCUCCAACCACGCUUCGAUGGACAAGGUCAGGUUGUUCCUGCCAAAGUUCAAGUUCGAAAGCACCAUCGACCUCAAGGAGCCGCUGACCAAGAUCGGUUUGGCCGAGCUGUUCGAGAGCCCCUACUUGAGCGGAAUUUCGGACGAUCCGUUGCGGGUCAGCCAAGUCGUUCAGAAAGCGGUGAUCGAAGUGGACGAGCAGGGCAGCGUGGCCGCCGCCGCCACGGCCGUCGAGUCCGUCAUCAGGUCGAGCAAACAAGUGAACAAGCCGCCGGUUGUGGUCCGCGUCGACAGGCCGUUCUACUUCAUGAUCCGGAAGUCGCGAGCCAUCAUCUUCCAGGGGCACGUUUACAAUCCACUGUUGACGAACCACUUUCAUUUGUUUCUCUUUUCAUCGGCCGGGAAUACCGUCGUCUUCGUCAUGGAUUCCCGAUUAUUUAUCUGGGCGCUCAUUUUAUGCGUAACGUCGGCGGCAGAAGUGAAUGAUAAAAAAACUGACUUAACGGCGCUCAAAGUGUUGUCGAGGAGCAGCCACAAGUUCGGCAGCGAUCUUUUCAAGCUCUUGUCGAUUGAAAAGAAAAAUGAAAAUCUGAUCUGCUCGACGCUAAGCGCCCACGUCGCGCUCUCGAUGGCGACCUAUGGAGCGAGAGGCCCAACGUUCAGGGCGAUGCGUGAAGCCCUCAAACUGCCCGCCAACGGAACUUUUGCUCUCUCGGGAUUCCAGAGUCUCGUCGAAGAUUUGAAUAGUAUCGAAAAGGUGGAUCUAGAAAUGGCCAAUGGAAUAUACAUCGACAAGACUUUGCAAAUAAAUGACUGGUUCAAGAAGCUCACCAGUAUGUCCUUCAAGGCUGAAACUACGGCCAUUGAUACAAGUGUCCCUGCUCAGGCUGCAAAGAAGAUAAACGACUGGGUGGACGAGAAAACUCAUCACAAAAUCACAAACAUUAUCCUAGAAGAUGACAUUGACCCAAAUACUCGUAUGAUCAUUAUGAACGCUCUGUACUUCAAAGGAAAAUGGGCGAAAAAAUUUGAUGACAAGUUUACGGUAGAUCUACCCUUUCACGUGGCUGAGGGUAAACAAAUAGCUGUGCCUAUGAUGCACAUCAACGAGACAUUUACUUAUGGAAAACUCGAUAGCUUGAAGGCCCGAUUCAUUGAGAUCCCUUACGAAAAUAAAGAUUUGAGACUGGUGAUCAUUGUCCCCGACGAAAAAGACGGACUGAGCGAGGUGGAAAGUAAUCUUGGAAAUCUCGAUUACAAGAAUGCGAUCAAGAAUGCCCGGCGACGAUUGGUUUAUUUGUCGAUGCCGAAAUUUAAGAUCGAAAGCAACAUAGAGCUAAAAAAGUCUCUAAGUUCGUUAAACAUGGCACGGAUUUUUGAAGACCAGGCGAAUUUCAAAGGAAUUUCCAAUGAGCCGUUGAAGAUAAAUCAAGUCAAGCAAAAGGCAUUCAUUGAAGUCAACGAAGAAGGUAGCAAGGCUGUAGCUAUAACUACUAUUGAUAUUACGCUCAAAGCGUUCUUUGACGAGCCACCACCAGUUUUUCUUAAAAUUGACCAUCCAUUUAUGUUUGCGAUUCGAAAAGCAGAUUUAACGUUGUUCCAGGGGCAUGUUUAUAAUCCAUUGUUGAGCUAAAUUUUAAAUUUCAAUGA